CCAACUUGUCACUCGUUCACUUUGUGUUUAUUGCGCGUCUGAUUUUCAACUUUUUCAAUUCUUCAUUAAGCCCCUUCUUCUCCUUUCUUCUGCACCAUCUCUCUGUAAUCUUCCGCAGUUCUUCAAGAAUAUGACUAACCAUAAUGUGAUGGUUUCUGAAGCCAAACCAACUAUUGGCCUCAAGAUUACACUCACCCCGUCCAACUCUUCUCUGUUUUCACAGCCAUCGCCCGCUGGCUACAUCACCAUUUCUCGGAAGAAAGUCCAGAAAAAACGUGAUUGUGAAGGAGGAACCAAAGCCAAUGCUUGGAUUGACUCCAUGAGAGACUCUUCUCCUACUCGUGUCAAAUCCACUGCUUCUCUAUCUGACACUGAACGGCAAAGUUAUUGGAUUGCUCAUCAUCCAUCAGCUUUAAGCGAGUUUGAGGAGAUUGUGAAUGCUUCAAAAGGGAAGAAAAUUGUCAUGUUUCUUGAUUAUGACGGUACCCUGGCACCCAUUGUUGAAGACCCAGAUCGAGCUUUCAUGACCAGCGAGAUGCGAGAAGCUGUAAGGGACGUCGCCAGAUAUUUUCCCACAGCCAUAGUCACCGGAAGGUGCAGAGAUAAGGUUUUCAGCUUUGUAAAAUUAGCCGGGCUUUACUACGCAGGAAGCCAUGGCAUGGACAUCGAAGGUCCAUCCAAAAGUCGUAAAUACAAGAAGGAUAAUCAAGGAGUUCUCUUUCAGCCUGCCAGUGAAUUCUUGCCCAUGAUUGACGAGGUUUACAAAACCUUGAAAGAGAAAACAAAAUCAAUUCCAGGGGCUAAGGUUGAAAACAACAAGUUUUGUCUCUCCGUACACUUUCGAUGUGUUGAUGAAAAGAGUUGGGGUGCCUUAGCAGAGGAAGUAAGAUUAGUUCUUAAUGGGUAUCCAAAGCUGAAGCUAACUCAAGGAAGAAAAGUUUUGGAAAUCCGCCCAACAAUAAAAUGGGACAAAGGCAGAGCCCUGGAAUUCUUGCUAGAGGCACUAGGAUAUGCCAACUCUAAAGAUGUCGUACCGGUCUAUAUCGGCGAUGAUCGAACUGACGAGGAUGCGUUCAAGGUUUUGCGAAACAGAGGACAGGGGCUUGGAAUCCUGGUUUCUAAAGCUCCCAAGGAUACAUAUGCUUCUUAUUCUCUACAAGAACCAUCCGAGGUCAAUGAAUUUUUGCGGCGUUUGGUGGAUUGGAAACGGAAACAGUAAUAUGCUUGUGAACAUAGAAAUUGAUCCCACCUACCGAAAUUGGUUAGGGUGGAUUGAUGUAUUUUUCUUGUUCAGGAAUUUUAAAUGGCAAAUGUGAAAAAGAAACUUUUUCCGGAAA